AUGGAGGGGCUCAUCCCGCUCGUCAACCGGCUGCAGGACGCCUUCGCGGCGCUGGGCCAGAGCUGCCUGCUCGACCUGCCUCAGAUCGCGGUGGUGGGCGGGCAGAGCGCGGGCAAGAGCUCGGUGCUGGAGAACUGCGUCUCCAGGGAUUUUCUUCCACGAGGAUCUGGAAUUGUAACAAGACGGCCAUUGGUUUUGCAACUUGUCACUGCUAAAACAGAGUAUGCUGAAUUUCUACACUGCAAAGGGAGGAAAUUUACUGAUUUUGAUGAAGUUCGCCAGGAAAUUGAAGUAGAAACAGAUAGAAUAACAGGAGUGAACAAAGGCAUUUCUUCAAUUCCUAUUAAUUUAAGAAUAUAUUCCCCACAUGUAUUAAGCCUGACUCUUAUUGACUUGCCGGGAAUCACUAAAGUGCCGGUAGGGGAUCAACCUCCAGAUAUUGAGCAACAAAUUAGAGACAUGAUAAUGCAGUUCAUCUCUCGAGAAAACUGCCUGAUACUGGCCGUAACUCCAGCUAACACUGAUCUGGCCAAUUCAGAUGCACUGAAGUUAGCUAAAGAAGUGGACCCUCAAGGCCUUAGGACCAUUGGUGUGAUCACAAAAUUGGAUCUGAUGGAUGAAGGAACAGAUGCAAGAGAAAUUCUAGAAAACAAACUACUUCCUCUUCGUAGAGGUUAUAUUGGUGUUGUAAAUAGAAGCCAGAAGGACAUUGAUGGGAAGAAGGAUAUCAAGGCAGCUCUCCUAGCAGAAAGGAAAUUCUUUCUUUCACAUCCAGCAUACAGGCACAUGGCAGAUCGGAUGGGAACACCGUAUCUCCAGAAAGUUCUAAACCAGCAACUUACCAACCAUAUUCGGGAUACCCUGCCAGGCUUCAGGAGCAAACUUCAGAGCCAACUGCUUUCUAUAGAGCAUGAAGUAGAGGUAUACAAAAACUUCAGACCAGAAGAUCCAACCAGAAAAACUAAAGCCUUGCUGCAGAUGGUCCAACAGUUUUCAGUGGACUUUGAAAAAAGAAUUGAAGGAUCAGGAGAUCAGGUUGACACAUUAGAACUUUCAGGAGGUGCGAAAAUCAAUCGGAUUUUCCAUGAACGUUUUCCUUUUGAACUAGUGAAGAUGGAAUUCAAUGAGAAAGAACUGCGGAGAGAAAUAAGUUAUGCAAUCAAGAACAUACAUGGUAUCAGAACAGGUUUGUUUACUCCAGACAUGGCAUUUGAGGCUAUUGUUAAAAAACAGAUAGUGAAGCUGAAAGGACCUUGCUUAAAAAGUGUGGAUCUGGUGAUGCAAGAGUUAAUCAACACUGUCAAGAAGUGCACUAAAAAGCUGGCAACGUAUCCAAGGCUGUGUGAAGAAACAGAAAGAAUUGUUGCUGGCUACAUUCGUGAAAGAGAAGAGAAGACCAAGGAUCAGGUACUGCUGUUGAUUGAUAUCCAGGUAUCUUACAUCAACACCAAUCAUGAAGACUUCAUUGGCUUUGCAAAUGCCCAACAAAGAAGCAGUCAGGUUAACAAAAGUGCAGUGGGAAAUCAGGGAACCAAUCUACCGCCUUCAAGGCAAAUUGUCAUCCGGAAAGGCUGGCUGACCAUCAACAACAUUGGAAUCAUGAAAGGAGGAUCCAAGGAAUACUGGUUUGUUCUGACUGCAGAAAGCUUGUCCUGGUAUAAAGAUGAUGAGGAAAAAGAGAAGAAGUAUAUGCUUCCUUUGGACAACUUGAAAGUGCGGGAUGUUGAAAAGAGCUUCAUGUCUAGCAAGCAUAUCUUUGCAUUAUUUAACACGGAACAGAGGAAUGUUUACAAGGAUUACCGUUUCCUUGAGCUAGCCUGUGACUCCCAAGAGGAGGUGGAUAGCUGGAAGGCAUCUCUGCUACGAGCCGGUGUCUAUCCUGAUAAAUCCUCAACUGAAAAUGAUGAAAAUGGCCAAGCAGACAAUUUUUCAAUGGACCCCCAGCUGGAGAGACAGGUGGAGACAAUUCGCAAUCUUGUGGACUCCUACAUGUCUAUUAUCAACAAGUGUAUCCGAGAUUUGAUACCAAAAACAAUCAUGCACCUUAUGAUCAAUAACGUAAAAGAAUUUAUCAACGCAGAGCUUCUCGCUCACUUAUAUUCUUCUGAGGACCAAAACACUCUAAUGGAGGAGUCAGCUGAACAGGCACAGAGGCGAGAUGAAAUGCUACGCAUGUACCAAGCACUUAGGGAAGCUCUAGCAAUCAUUGGUGAUAUUAGCACUAGCACGGUGUCAACCCCUGCACCUCCUCCUGUAGAUGAUUCUUGGCUUCAGCAAGCCCGCAGAUCUCCUCCUCCAAGUCCCUCAACUCAGAGGAGACCUACAUUAAAUAAUCCCCCAACCAGACCUUUAUCUGGCAGAGGACCUGCUCCUGCGAUCCCAUCUCCAGGCCCUCAGGCGGGGGCUCCCCCUGUCCCAUUCCGCCCAGGACCAUUGCCUCCAUUUCCAAGUGGUGGUGAAGCCCUUGGAGGACCUCCCCAGGUUCCCUCUCGGCCAACUCGAGCUCCUCCCAGCGUCCCCAGGCGAGCUGAUACGGAUGGCUCCUCCCGUCCAGACAGUCCUUCACUCUUGCUUGAUAUAUGAUUUGUUCCAUCUUGCCGGCCGUUUGUUUCACUUCUUGUUUCUUUACUUUUCCAGAAUGGUGUAAACAAUGUCUUCUUUUUGUAAGAAGCUAAUGCUUGAUUUCUUUCUGAAUUUUGCUCUGUAUGUUAAUGCUCUGUUUCAUAUGAGCCAAAAUAUCUGCCACUGGCUUCGUAGUCUUUAAAUGGUUCCUGCUGUUGGCCUUUGAGCAUAGUAAGUUGAUUCCUGAAACUAUGGUCAUUACUGAGCAUUGCAUACACCUGCUGUAAAAAUGUUAUGCUGCAUUUCUGAACCUGAAAUAAACUGUAACUCUU